AUGGCCAGCCUGCCCGUGUUCAAGGUCGAGCAGUGGAUGGACCGGUACGAGACGACAUGCACCCACAACCUCGCAGAGACGUGCUGCGACUCGAUCUCGCUCCACGACCUCGACCACCUCUCCAGGCAGGCCGGAAUCGAAGAGCCCACACUCGCCGCCUUGAGCGGAAAGCGCCUCACCUACGGCCAUAUCCGCGGCAGCCCGGAGCUCCGGCAGAACAUCGCAAGCCUCUACCCCGCCGCCGUCGCUGACGGAUCUCUCGGCCCGGACAAUGUCCUCGUCACUCAAGGUGCGAUCGGCGCCAACUUUCUCGUCGAGCUCUCGCUCGUCAAGCGCGGCGACCACGUCGUCUGCGUGCACCCGACCUACCAGUCGCUCUUCGAGGUGCCGCGCAGCCUGGGCGCCGACGUCGAUCUGUGCCGGCUCGAUCCUGCCGACGGGUGGCGCUUCUCGGUCGACCGCCUGGCCUCACUGCUGCGCCCCACGACGUCGCUCGUCAUCCUCAACAACCCAAACAACCCGACCGGCCAGGCCCUCUCGCGGUCCACGCUCGACGCCAUCGUCGAGGCCGUCAAGGCCCGCGCCGCGCCAGGCUGCAUCAUCCUCUCGGACGAGGUGUACCGACCUCUCUUCCACUCGCUCCCCACCUCCGACGACGCCGACGGUGCGCCACCGUGUUCCAUCCUCGAGACGGGCUACGCGCACGCCAUCGCCACGGGCAGCCUGUCCAAGGCCUUCAGCCUCGCCGGUAUCCGCGUCGGGUGGAUCGCGACGCCGCGCUCCGACCUCAUCGAGGCCUUUGCCCAGCGACGCGACUACAACGUCAUCAGCGUCUCGAUGGUCGACGACGCCAUCGCCGCGCGGGCGCUGCACCCGCGCGUCGCCCAAAGGAUUCUCGAACGCAACACCCAUCUCGCAAGGACCAACCGCGCCAUCCUCGAGGCUUGGAUCGAGAAGACGCCCCAGGUCGAAUGGGUCCCCACCCAGGCCGGUACCACUGCGCUGCUCCGUCUGGUUCGAACCGCAGCGGCGGCGGCGCGGGGUGGAGAGCGAACGGCGGCGACCGACGAGGUGGAUGCAGACGACUUCUGCAUGCGUCUCCACGACCGCGCCGGCGUACUCGUCGCGCCCGGUACCUGCUUCGACUGGCAGGGCUGGAUCCGCAUCGGCUACGUCGGAAAUACCCAGGAGCUCCAGGAGGGCCUCGACAGGAUCACAGACUUCCUACGCUCCGAGUCGAUCUAG